AUGUCGUGCCAAGAAAACUGCCCAGUCGGUUUUUUUGGAGUUGGUACUGCAGAGACUGGUCGCACAUGUCAGCCUUGUUCAGCAAAUUGCAGCGCCUGCCAAUCACAAGCAUUUUGCACAAAGUGCACAAAUGGUACUUUCUUGACAGCAGACUUUUCUUGUGAAGCUCAAUGUCCUGAAGGCUUCUAUUCAAGGAGUCCAGCUGAUGGCUCGCUUGAUGGCCGCGCCUGUGAGAAGUGUUUGGGAGAUUGUCUUACCUGCGAGACGCGGUUCUACUGCACCAAAUGCAAGAACGCCGCUUACCUCACCCACAGAAAGGAGCGCUUAUUGUGCAGAAAUUUGGGCAACCCAGAGCAAUCUGUUUGUUUAAGCUGGUUUCGGUACCACCCUUUCUCUGCAUUUGCGAGCCAGAAACUCGAAUUCAGUGAAUAUCUCUUCCAGUGA